AUGCCUGCUAUCAUGGACGUGUUAUCUCCUCCUUCAACCCUUCUUACUACCAAUAAUAAUACGUUUAAUGAAUCAAAGGAACGUUCUUAUAAAGAGCUUAUCAAACAACUUGCAGCGCAAGUAAAUACAAAGCCCUAUGGCAAUAUUCCGCCAAUGUCAAAUAAUAAUAAACGUAAAAAGAAAAAGAAAGUUCAGCAAGAAAGGACGAUCAAACGCCGUAUGUCCCAUGUAGAAGACUGGGUUGUGGUGGACAGUAAAGAGUCUAUACCAGAUGAAGAAGAGCUUAAUUCAUCAACUGAUUUUUCGUUGACUCAUGUAUUACCACUACAUAUGCCUCCACCUUCACUAAGCGAGAUACAGCAGGAUACUCAUCUCUUACGUUCAUUAAUUACUACACAAUCCUAUGCGAUCUCUUCCUCACCUCCUCAACUAUCGAAUAUAGAUCAACAGGUAUGGAAUGAAACCAUUGCAAAACUAAAGAAAUCGCUCGUUGUCUCUUCUCCCACCCCAAAGACAUCACCGCGUCAUAUCAUACCCUUACCACCACCACCAAGAAAGCUAAUGAAAAGAAGAAGAUCAGAGGCAACGACACAACCUAGAUUCAAUCCAGAUACCAAUGCCUACACCAGAGAUACCCGAUCAAACCCUGAUCACUUGAGAAUGAUUUCUGCAGAACUAAACAUGAUACGAUCACGCAAAUUGCUGAGCCCAUUAAAACCAAGAGGAUUUUUGCCUAGAAGAAAAGACAUAUUCAUACGUGGUGAACAUCGUAAAGUGUCUCCAUUAACCUAUGAAAUAAACUGA